AUCCAUCCGUUAUCCCCCAAGCUAACUCUAACUCCCAUACUCAAACAACAUUUCACGUCGGUAUUAAAGAGAAAGAGCCCAUUUCCGGGUCUCACUCUCAUUUCUCUUUCUUUCUUCCGAGUUCUGAUUGAUUCCCAACUCUCUGAAAUUCGAAUGGAAAUUGCGUGAAUUUGCUGAAAGAAUUAAAAGGGUUUGCUGCUUGAUCGAUUUGCUCAAGUGGGUCGCUCUCACUUGCUCUCGACGAUGAAGGUGACCGUAGUUUCGCGGAGUGGCCGAGAAGUUGUCAAGGGCGGCCUUGAGCUCAGUGAUUCUGCCACAGUAGCUGAUCUGCAGGAUGCAAUCCAUAAGCGAACCAAAAAGUUCUAUCCUGCAAGACAGCGGCUUACUCUCCCCGUCCAACCAGGAUCAAAGGAGAGGCCGGUUGUCCUUAGCUACAAGAAGAGUCUCCAAGAUUACAUCAGCGGAAACUCAGACAACCUAACUGUGGUGUUCAAGGACCUAGGUCCACAAGUGUCAUACAGAACACUCUUCUUCUUUGAGUAUUUGGGCCCCUUGAUCCUUUACCCCAUCUUUUACUACUUCCCUGUUUAUGAUUAUUUGGGCUUCAAAGGAGACCGUGUCAUCCACCCUGUCCAGACAUAUGCCCUAUUCUACUGGUGCUUCCACUACUUCAAACGUAUUAUGGAAACAUUUUUUGUACAUCGCUUCAGCCAUGCAACCUCGCCACUCUCUAAUGUAUUCCGGAAUUGUGCUUACUAUUGGAGCUUUGGUGCUUUCAUAGCUUACUACCUGAAUCACCCGCUUUACACCCCUGUUAGUGACCUCCAAAUGAAGAUUGGGUUUGGUAUUGGGAUAAUAUGUCAAAUCUCAAACUUCUAUUGCCAUAUCCUUUUGAGGAACCUGCGAAGCCCUGAUGGGAAUGGAGGAUAUCAGAUCCCACGUGGUUUUCUGUUCAAUAUUGUGACAUGUGCAAAUUACACUACAGAGAUCUAUCAGUGGUUGGGCUUCAAUAUAGCAACACAGACAGUUGCUGGCUAUAUCUUUCUCAUAGUUGCUGCUUCUAUCAUGACCAAUUGGGCCCUUGCCAAGCACCGCCGUCUUAAGAAGAUAUUUGACGGGAAAGAAGGAAGACCCAAGUAUCCACGCCGAUGGGUGAUCCUACCACCAUUCCUGUAGAAGCCAUUGACUCCUGGAUUGCACCCACGCCGGAUUGGUGAUGGAACUUGAAGAAGUUAAAAUCAGAGUCAAUUUCAGACGAUCUUAGCAUUUCAUUUGAAACGAAGGAUUUGCUUGUCGAUCUAUGAAACAUAGGUCAUCUUGUUCUUCCCGUUUUAACUGUUUUGUAAUUUGAACUUCUAGACCAUCUAUGACAUUUCUCUAUUUUUUUUUU